AUUUGGAAAUUGAGCCUGAUCCUACAACUUCUAUAAUUUUUAUUUUUGUUUGCAGGGGAGUGGUGGCAUGCCGGGUUUCAUUUGACGACGGCAAUAGUGGGGCCUACAAUACUGACGUUACCGUAUGCGUUUAGAGGGCUAGGAUGGGGUUUAGGGUUCUUCUGCUUAACGGUGAUGGGAAUGGUGACCUUUUACGCAUAUUAUCUCAUGUCUAAGGUGCUAGACUACUGUGAAAGGGACGGUCGUCGCCACAUCAGAUUCCGGGAAUUAGCAGCCGACGUUUUAGGGUCCGGAUGGAUGUUUUAUUUUGUCAUAGUUAUUCAAACAGCCAUCAAUACGGGAGUUGGUAUAGGAGCAAUAUUGCUUGCAGGGGAAUGCCUUCAGAUCAUGUACUCGAGUCUUUCUCCUGAUGGACCCCUGAAGCUGUACGAGUUCAUAGCAAUGGUGACAGUGGUGAUGAUAGUUCUCUCUCAGUUUCCAACGUUCCACUCCCUCAGACAUAUCAAUCUGGCUUCACUAUUUCUCAGUUUGGGCUACAGUUUCGUUGUUGUCGGUGCCUGUAUUCAUGCAGGUCUGUCAAAAAAUGCCCCUCCGAGGGACUACUCCUUAGAAUCUUCAGAGUCAGCAAGGGUCUUCAGUGCAUUCACUUCCAUCUCCAUAAUAGCUGCAAUCUUUGGGAAUGGAAUACUGCCUGAAAUACAAGCUACUUUGGCUCCACCUGCUACUGGGAAGAUGGUAAAAGGCCUUUUGAUGUGUUAUACUGUAAUUCUCGUUACUUUCUACUCAACUGCAAUGUCUGGAUAUUGGGUGUUCGGCAACAAAUCUAACUCAAACAUUCUCAAAAGCCUAAUGCCUGAUGAGGAGCCUUCCUUGGCCCCCACAUGGGUUCUUGGCAUGGGUGUUGUCUUUGUUCUGCUUCAGCUCUUUGCUAUUGGCCUCGUUUAUUCUCAAGUAGCUUAUGAGAUCAUGGAAAAGAAAUCUGCUGAUGUCCAGCAAGGAAUGUUCUCCAAAAGGAAUCUAAUUCCGAGGAUAGCUCUUCGGACUCUUUAUAUGAUAUUCUGUGGAUUUAUGGCGGCCAUGCUUCCUUUCUUUGGAGACAUCAAUGGUGUCGUAGGAGCUAUUGGUUUCAUCCCUCUAGAUUUCAUACUUCCAAUGCUCCUCUACAACAUGACCUUCAAACCUCCGAAAUCAUCCCUCACGUACUGGCUCAAUCUCUCCAUAAUGGUUGUCUUUACAGGUGCAGGACUCAUGGGUGCAUUCUCCUCAACAAGGAAAUUGGUCCUUGAUGCCAAAAAGUUCAAGCUAUUUAGCAGCAAUGUGGUAGAUUAACUUGAAAGUAAAUGAAAUCGGUGUUCGUGCUCUCCAAUGCAACAGGUAUUAGCUGCUUCAAGAUCCAGAAAGUGCACAGCUACAUACCAAUAUGAAGUGAAAUAUCAUUUACACGGUGAUGAAACAAAGUUGAGGUGAAGGCAUUCAGCUUAUAGCACCAAACAUACUAAUCAAUAGUUGGAUAACUUGAUAAAUUGUAUACUGUCACUGCAUUAAAGGCACAGUAUUUUAGGCAAAAAGGAUGAGAUAAGAUAUGCGACAGCAAAUUAGAAUUAUAAAAGUGCCGUGGAGCAUGGUGUCAUUGAAAUGCUGAUCUGACCUUUGCAUUAAUAAGCGGCAAGGACCGUUCUCCUCAAAGGUCUUGUUUUUUGUCGUUUCCUGUGAGGAUCUCAGGCCAUUAUUUUUCACAUAGAACAGCAUUAGCUUAUGUAAGGACAUACAUUGUUUCUUCAGAAAUUGGAGAAAAACAAAAUCUUAAUCGCAUGGUUGUUUUGGAAAAUCAGGUAGCAAUACCUAUGUUUCUAUAAAAUAAAUGAAAUUUAUUCCAUGAGCA